UAGUAUAUAAUAGUGUAGAGAGAAAAUUCCCUCCACAGCCACUCCCAUGGGGAUAGGAGUUCUUACAUGGUUUGUCUUUGUUUCAUGUAUUCAAGCCAUUUCAAGUUCAGAACACAUAGUUGCAAAUGCAAACCCCUCCAAGAGCCACAAUGUGAAAACACAGGACCUCGUGGUCGUGGAGAAAUACGGAAUCACAAAGGAGGCACAUACAAAAAUUGAUCUAUCUCAUGGCUCAAGAACACAGAGAGGAAAAGGAGCUUACGGGGGAGCAGAUGUUAAUCACCACCCUACGCACAACUCUGCCUCAUCAUCGUUACCCUGCAUCUCAACUCUAUCUGCAGGCCUCACUUUAAUCCUUCUAUGUUCCUUCUACAUGUGCUUAGAUGUGUUAAAUAUUUGAGUUCUACUCUGGUAUCGGAAAACACAAUAAUGAGCAAGAUUAUGAUGUAUUUUAUAUUAUAUUCAAUCAUGAAUAUAAACAUCUUUUACUCAUUCACUCUAUAAGAUUCAUUAUG